AUGUCGGAAUUCCGCUAUUCGACUGAUAAUUUCGAUGAGCCGGAACCAAUAUCCAACAAGCCAGAAACGAUCUGGGGAAUCGUUAUAUCAUGUAUGAUACUAUCGUGGAUAUGUGUUUGUCUUCGACUGUACGUACGGUUCAGGAUUGUUCACGCCCCAGGCUGGGAUGAUUUAUGCGUAGGACUUUACCUAGUAAGCACCGCUCAUUUCACGCCUGGUAAAUGGUCAUUAGUUAACAAUAUUACUCUCUGGAAGCUCACGAUAAGCGCUGGAUCAAUAGCAGUAUGCUUUGCAGUUACGUACGGACUUGGCCAGCACUUCUUACAACUUGAGUCGUGGCAGACCAAUGGUUUCUUAAAAACAUUUUACGUCGCAAACGCAGCAUACGUAACAUCAACAGCAUUGAUCAAAGAGGCUCUUUUACUACAGUACCUACGCGUUUUCGAUCAAGGAGUAUUGGUUCGCCGGUUUAUUAUUGCGCUGGUCGUUUUUACGGCGCUCUGGGGAUUUGCAUAUUCCUUUUUAGCUUGGGUCCCAUGCGUGCCGGUUCACGACUUUUGGGCCACAGGAAGUGGUUCAACUUGUUAUGGAUACGGUUCACAACAUGCUAGACCAUUUGCUGCUACAUUUGAGAGCCACGCCGCUAUUAACAUGGUUCUCGAUAUUAUGGUUCUUUUAAUACCCUUACCAUUACUUUUUAAAGAGGGUUCGACAGCAAAUACGCGUGUGAGAUUAGCCGCGUUACUUUCUAUGGGCAUCUUCGUGCUUGUCUUUGCGAUUUGGCGGCUAGUGACUCUUAUCGAACAUAGAGUAGCGACAAUCCCGACAAGAGAUCCGACGUGGUAUGGUCCCAUUAGUAUCGUCCUAGCCGUCUUAGAAGUUGACGCCGCGAGCAUCUGUGCAAGUGUCCCUAUUUUCUGGCCUGUGCUCAGGGACUUAAAUUGGGGUAAGAUCUUCGUGACGCAAGAAGUAGAUAUCACGAGGGAGACGCGAUACAUGGAAGAUGACGAAGAUCGUUUAACUCAUGGGACAACGCAUAGCAGAGCAGGCAGUAAUACGGAUUUAGGGGCUAGUGGCGGGAGAGGAUCGAGGAAUAAGGAAACGUACUAUCAAGAUUCGUAUGUUUUAAGCCAGGUAGACCCUUUCCGACCAUCGAUUGAGCGCGUACAUGCGAGCGCGAGGAGUGAUAUAGCGAAGCAUGGUUCGAGAAAAUGGAUGAAAUUAUGA